AUGUUGAAGUUAGUAUUUGACGAUACCAUAUGGCGUCGUUCUGUUAUCGUUAAUGUAAUCCUAUUGGUAGUAAUUGCUUCGUCUCAUGUACAUGAAAUAUUUGGUCGCCGUGCAUUACCUGAUCCACUAUUACCUGACAGUUACAUAUGUUCAUUUGAUUAUACUAAAAAAUAUUUAAGUAUACUUGAUGACGUUUUUGCCAUUGUACAUAUUGCAAUACCCUGUUUAAUACAUAUCAUAUGUAUAGUAUUCACAGUAAUAAGAACACAUUACUUUCCUACUGGAGAUUCAACAGCCGAACCCGAUGUUGCCACACCAACAAACAGAUCGUGGUUAAAUGAUAUAAAAACAAACCGUGAAUAUUUAAUACCACCCAUAUUAAUCAUUGUAUGUUCGUUACCACAUUUUUUAUUUGCACAUGUUAUUA